UCGCACAGUGUGGUAUGGAAAAUAAUCUGGGCUGUGUCUGUGUUGACAUUUCUUGGGAUGUCGUUAAAACAGACAGGUGACUUGGUGGAAGAUUUUCUACAUUGGCCAAAACGGCAAAUCCACAUCAUACAUGAGACAGAAAAACGACCGUUUCCUAGCACGACUCUUUGCUCACUACAACCACUCAGUAGCGGCUGGUCAAAAAUGGUCGAGAAGAAUGGUACGACUGCAAUAGACGAAUAUUUUGAUACAAUACAAUCUUACGUUGAUACCGCAACUGGUGCGCAUAAUAAGAGUAUAUGGAAUUCCAUGGCGUCCAUUAAGGGAUAUUAUCAAAAUACCGACCGCGAAAUAGCAAAAUCUCUGGGACCCGAUCAGGAUACCUUGAUAAAUAAUUGCCAUUUUAUUGUAGUGCAGGGCUCAGAACAUAAACAGGUGCCAUGUGGGCGGAUUGAUAUGUAUGAGCACCCAGAAUAUCUGAACUGUUACACGAUAUCUAUGAAUAGUUUAGAGGAACAAAUGAAUGCAACUUCCGUGACAAUUUUAAUAUUUUUAGAUGACUUCACUUACCCCGAUUAUCCAACAAUUACAAUUCAGGACCAAAUGGCGCAGAUGCACGGCGUGAAAGUGCGUCUUCACGGAUUUAAUGCGUACCCACGUUUAGACUUUGAGGAUAUACUAGUGCCGGCAGGGAUGGCAGCAGAAGUCGAACUGCGUACGACAUAUCUUAACUUUCUGAGCGAACCUCACGGCGAUUGCAUCUCUGACAUCAAUAUCAAUCUGACUAAUCUUUUUAACGACAUGUACGUCUACUCAAUGGGCGCUUGCGAUGAUAUGUGCCGUCAACUCAGCAUCAUGAGAAUAUGCAAAUGCAAGGAUCCAACGCUGCCUGCACCGCUUGGCUAUGACAUGACCAAAUACCCCUACUGUGGUCGCUUAGAAAAGAACAAAGACAAAGUUCUGAGACGCCUCCAAUGCCUGAAUAAAAUGCUAUCACUCAAACAAGAAACUAUCACCGAUGAUAACCACUGCAGUUGUCCACAGCCAUGCUUUGCAACAAAGUAUAUUCCAAAUUUAACAAUGGCUGUUUGGCCCCAUGAAUCUUUCCAUUUAGCAGUUUAUGAAAAUUAUAUCAAAAACAAAAGCUAUGCACAUCAUUUUGAUAUUUACGAGUCGAUAAAAUCUAAAAUGAAAAGUAAUCGCGGUGAGGCAUAUAAGGAGCUACGCAAAUAUGACUUAAUCAAGCGCAACUUCGUGAAAUUAACGGUAAAGCGACAUGAUUUCCGCGUUACAAAGAUCACAGAAGUACCACUCAUUUCGGGCACGCAUCUACUCAGCAGUGUCGGUGGUGCUCUCAGUUUCUGGUUAGGAAUUACUGUGGUUACUCUCGUAGAACUCUUGGAGUUAUUCUGGGAUUGUUUGAAAAUUGGAGUACUCAAGAAGAUAAGGCAACUGUGUUGCCCAAAAAAGGCGGGACAACCUGUAAGCACUGACCAGGAGAAUGAUGUUAACAAUCAGUACCGGAGGGCCCCAUAUGAAAACACAUUCUCUACAAAAUUGUGA